AUGGAUACCAUGAAAGAGAAAAUGGAGUUGGAGUCCGUGGUUCUACCUCCGUCUAAGGACGAUGAGGAUUCAACAGGACGGGGAAAAUGGAGCGGGAAACUGGACUUCAUUUUAUCAUCAAUGGGUUACGCUAUUGGGCUAGGAAACGUAUGGAGAUUUCCCUAUCUAUGCUACAGCAAUGGUGGAGGGGCUUUCCUGUUCCCGUAUCUGAUUAUGCUGUUUCUGGUUGGAUUUCCAAUCUUAUUUCUGGAAAUAUCAUUCGGGCAGUUUGGAAGCCUUGGGUGUAUUUCAAUGUGGCGUAUUAGCCCACUUUUCAAAGGUAUUGGUUUUGGUAUGGUACUUAUGUCCGGUUACUUCUGCUUAUACUACAACAUCAUCAUUGCAUACUCCGCAUACUACAUGUUUGCAUCAUUCUUGAAUCCCUUACCAUGGGUAGGAUGCAAUCAUACAUUCAACACAGAUGCUUGUUUUGAUGGAAGUCAAGGAGAUGGUAUACUGGAGUGCCCAAUGAACCCGAACUUUACAGGAAAAACUAAACCAGUUUUUGCUAGCGAGGAGUAUUUUGAACGGCGCGUGUUACAGAUUUCCGAUUCGUUGGGAGACAUCGGUUAUAUUCAAUGGGAGAUACUUCUGUGUUUUAUCUUUGUAUGGAUUGUAGUCUUCAUUUGCAUCAGCAAAGGCGUCAAGACCUCGGGCAAGGUUGUGUACUUUACAGCUACAUUCCCCUAUCUAGGUCUACUGACUCUACUGAUCGUUGGUGCCCUGCAGCCUGGUGCAGUCAAUGGUAUUCUCUACUUCAUUACACCACAGUUUGAUAAACUUCUUGAUAUUCAGGUUUGGAAGGCAGCAGCCAAUCAAGUUGUGUUUUCGUUUGGUGCAGGAUGGGGAGGACUCCAUACAUUGUCCAGCUAUAACAAGUUUAACAACAAUACAUUCAGAGACACGGUUAUAAUUGUAGUGUCCGGUGGUUUGACCAGUAUCUUCGCUGGAUUCGUCGUCUUUUCUAUCAUUGGAUUCAUGGCGUGUGAUGCACAAGUGCCGAUUGAACAAGCCAUUGAUGCAGGUCCAGGUUUAGCGUUUGUUGCCUACCCAGAAGCAAUCGCAAGGGUACCAGUCAUACCCCAGCUCUGGUCUUUCAUAUUCUUCUUCAUGCUGAUCACACUGGGACUCGAUAGCCAGUUUGUGACUUUGGAGACCAUCAUAACUGCAGUUAUGGACGAGCUUGAGUACUUUUAUCCCAACAUAAGGAAAAGGAAAACAUUGGUGAUAUUCAGUGUAUGUUUCAUCAUGCUUCUAGCUGGUCUACCAUUUACUACACAGGGAGGCAUCUAUCUGAUGACGUUAUUUGACUGGUACUCUGCUGGUUACAGCCCCAUGAUAUUAGCCUUGGCUGAGCUCUUCGUAUUCGACUGCAUCUAUGGUUUGAGUAGAUUCAUCCGAGAGGUGGGUGUAAUGAUUGGGAGUAAACCAAGCUUCAUCUGGAAGGUCAUGUGGUACAUUGUAACACCAAUCCUCAUCAUUUUUCCUACUGUGUAUGGAUUUAUUGAGUAUACACCGGCCCAGUAUGGUGAUUAUGUAUUCCCUGGAUGGGCAGAAGCCAUUGGUUGGACUAUGACUGCUUCAUCAUUGAUAUGUGUGUUCAUCUACGCAGCAUACUUCUUGAUAUGGCGAGUCAAAGGAUCAUUCAUACAGAGGAUCCGUACUGCCAUCCAACCAGCACCAGAGUGGGGACCAGCUCUUGAUGAAGAUAGGGCAGCUGCAGGUUACCAACCAUACCCCAAACCAACUGUAGAGAUUAUUACCAAAGACUACGACAACAUCGCAUUUACAAGUGACUCUCCGCCAGAAUACAACGGCAUGCACUCCGUCUGCGUGGGAACUGAUGAUAUUGACAUCAGUGAAAUCUUAUAAGUUCUCAGAGGCCAGCUUUCUCCAGAAGACGAUCGGAGCAUACUGAUCGAAACGUCGAUUGAAACCAACAGAUCUUUU